AUGGCGGAUACUCAACCAAUUGAGUCACUUACGAAUGACGAACUUGAGGAUUUGACCCAGCUCCGUCUUAGGGUACUUCGACGCGCCCGAGCAUGCGCACAAAUUCUCCGCCACCUGGAAGAGAUCCUCGGAUACUAUGGAUUUAUUGCCGAUCACCCUAUCUUGUUUACAGACAUCCACUUCGUGGCACUUGACGAAUUUCUCUCGAACAGAUGGGCCGAACUCAUGAACGAGAUCAAUGACCUACGAGCCGAGGAAGCCUCCGAAGUCUAUUUACUUGAUACGUGGCAAGACUAA